AUCAUUUCAAAUCAGACGUGCAGCCGAAUUGAAACAUUGAUGACGGCUAACAUAGGAGCUUUCAGAAAGAUGCAUCUUUUGACAUUGCUGUUUGGAGCGAUCCUCGUCUUCAUGAUUGGUCGUACACAAGGUGAUGACAAAUGUGAAGUUUGUUACUUGAAUGACUGUUGCGAAGACCCUAUAGCAACUGGUGCAAGAAACAUAAGAACAAGCGACGGAAGAAUUUUCGGAGCGUUCUGUGACGAAGGUUGGACGUACAUAUUUAGACGAUUCAACGGGGCUGAGGAUUUCUAUCGUACUUGGGUCGAGUAUCAACAUGGUUUCGGUAGCCCAAAAUGGAAAGAAUACUUCAUUGGACUGGACAACCUUGCCAGUUUUGUAAAAGGGCGUAAGUGCAAAAUGCGAAUUGAUUUGGAAGCAUGGCCACCUGUAUCACCGGCUAAACGAUUUGCUGAAUAUUCGGUAUUCUCCAUCGCAGACAAGACCGACAAGUAUCGUCUUACCAUUGGAGGAUACAGCGGAACUGCUGGUGAUUCAAUGGCACGUCAUAAUGGACAUCGGUUUUCAACAUACGAUCAAGAUAAUGAUAUUCACAGCGGAAAUUGUGCAAGCGUUUAUAAAGGAGGUUGGUGGUACGAGAAGUGCCACAAUUCAAAUCUGUUUGGUUGGUACAAAGGACCAGUUUGCCCAAAGUUUGCCCAAUGUGUCGCAUGGCGUGAUUGGCCAACAGUCAUCGGAUCCCCUGAUAAUCGGCAGUACUCAUUUAAGAAGGCGUCAUUGAAGAUACAUUGCUGUUAAAUUCCGACUCCAUGAAGUGAAAUAAAUUACUACAUUGAAUAAUUAAA